AUCCCACAUGUGAUGAUUACUCUCAGUGUAUGACAAGCAGGUAGCGCGAAUAGGGCACCGAUAGGGAGUAGCGAGAGAGCAGAAGAGGAGUGCGUGAAAGGAGACAGUGUUGGGUACAGUUAGGUAGAAGUGUGGAAGCCGAGAAUAAAGCCAAGCGUGUGUUCUGAAUUUAAAGUUGAAUCCUGUGAAUAAUCGUCUUUCCGAAAUCCCCGUAGUCCAGAUUCCACAUUGGCGACGAGGAGAAAGCCGGAAAAAUGGCUAGUUUGGACUCAAGGAUCAAACCAUUCCAAACGAACGUUGAAUCUUCUCAACUGCCCAUUGCGUGGGCAAAGUGGAAACGAGAUUUGGAAGCGUAUUUUGACUCUGAAGGGGUUGACUCGCAAUACGUCCGCAGAUCAAAAUUGCUUUACCUGGGAGGUUCAGACUUGCGUGACAUAUACGACAAUUUGCCCGAAACUGACCAUGUUUCUCAUGUGCUAAGCGAUCCUCCCUACUAUGAUGCAGCGAUUGCAAAGCUUGACUCCCAUUUCGAACCGUUUCGCCGCCGGACCUAUGAACGGCAUCAGUUCAGGCAAAUAGCUCAAAAGCCGUCGGAAAGGUUCUCGGAUUUCGUCCUUCGUCUUCGAACCCAAGUUAAACGUUGCGAGUAUGACAAACCGGACGAAAUGAUACUUGAUCAAAUCGUGGAGAAGUGUGUAUCGGGAAAGUUACGUCAAAAGAUGCUUAAGAAAGAUAUGACUCUAGAGGAAGUUGAGGCUGUCGGAACAAGCAUGGAAGAGAGUGAGAAAAAGCUGAGGGAGUUUGACAGUGCCAAGGUAGCAGAAGAUUUGAACAGAGUUUCGCGAAAAACAACGCAAAGUCAACCGGAUCGUGGAAUAAGGAGCCACCAGACAGGGAUCAAACACGAGAUCAUACCAACGGGAUAUCGGCCAAAUCAGCGAAAACCCUUCGGUAACCGUUCGGAACCGGUAUGUUUUGCUUGUGGUCGUCGUGGACAUGUGAUGGGAGCCGCGUAUUGCCCUGCAAAACAAGCUACAUGUUUGAGUUGCAAGCGAGUUGGGCAUUUUGCGAGGCAAUGUCGCAAACGUCCAAAUAGAGAUCCUCGACCAGAGCCUACGGCAAAACGAAUUAGAGUGGUUCAAGAGACGGAUUCCGAGAACAACAAGGAGAGCGACUUUAUCUUCUACGCUAUGGGGAACAACACAUUCUCAUUCUCUGUGGGAGGCGUGGAAAUACCAAUGGUAAUAGACUCUGGAGCUGCUGCGAACAUAAUAAAUCAGUCAACGUGGACUGAAAUGAAGCGAAAAGGAGUUACGGUGCAGAACAUGAUAACGAAGAUUGAACGGGUUUUCACGUGUUACGGAUCGGCGGAGCCCAUGGAAAUGGUCGGCUGUUUUACGGCAUCUAUAACAGGAGGAGGUUAUGAAGCAGAGGCACAAUUCUAUGUUGCCAAGAAAGGUCAACAAUGUCUUCUUGGUGAUGAGACAGCCAAACUUCUCCAUGUGUUGAAAGUCGGAUUUGAUGUCGGUCGCAUUUCAGAGGACUCCACAAUGGAAUUUCCGAAAAUGAAAGAUGUACUUGUCGAGAUACCAGUGGAUCCGAACAUUCAACCCGUUCGUCAGGCGUAUCGACGUGUUCCUUAUGCACUGGAGGACAAAGUGGAGGAAAAAUUGGAAAUGUUGCUCACGCAAGGAAUUAUCGAACGAGUUCAAGAGCCAUCUCCUUGGGUUUCACCUAUGGUUCCUGUACUCAAGGAUUCCGGAGAUGUUCGACUAUGUAUCGACAUGCGUCGCGCGAACAAGGCGAUCCUGAGGGAGGCCCACCCGCUGCCUUUAGUAGACGAACUGCUGGGAUCCGUUGACGGAGCAACUGUUUUUUCCAAAAUCGACAUAAAGGAGGCAUAUCACCAAUUGGAGAUCUCCAAGGAGUCUCGGCCAAUCACGACGUUUAUUACGAAGACGGGUCUGUACAGGUAGAUGAACCUUUUGUUUGGUAUAUGUUGACAGGGAUUUGAGUUUUUUACUGUUAUUUGAAUUAGGAAGGCUGAGAUUAAAUGGAAUAAAGGCCGUUGUAACUUCUAUUGUUUUAUUAUUGUUAUUGUUAUAGAUAUAAGAGGUUGAUGUUCGGCGUUUCGUGUGCUCCAGAAAUCUUCCAGAAGACGAUGGAAACAAUUCUGGCAGGUUUGAACGGAAUAAUUAUAUACCUCGAUGACAUUGUGGUGUUUGGCGCAACGAAAGCAGAGCAUGACAAAAGGUUACGUGAGCUUCUUAAGCGACUAGAGCAAUACGGAGUACUACUCAACAACCAAAAAUGCAUAUACGGCGUAAAUGAAAUCGAGUUCCUGGGUCACGUUUUAAAUGCGGAAGGAGUAAAACCAACUGAAACCCGGAUCAAGGCCAUCAAAUGUUUCCGAGAACCUGAUACUGUGUCCGAACUUAGGAGCUUCUUAGGUUUGGUUACUUAUGUUGGUCGUUUCGUCCCCAACCUAGCCGGGAAAACAGGUCCUCUGCGUAAGCUACUGCGAACAGGAUCCACAUUCCGAUGGAAACCAGAGCAAAGUGUGGCAUUUCGAGAGAUCAAGGAAGCAGUAUGCAACAUCGGGUAUUUGGGGUUUUUUAAUCGAGUUCAUCGAACGAAGUUAGUAACCGACGCAAGUCCAGAGGGGUUAGGAGCCGUACUUCUACAAGAAAACGAAAAGGGUGAAACCAGGAUAAUCGCUUUUGCAAGCAAGGCGUUAAGCGACCUGGAGCGUAAAUACUUCCAGACAGAGAGGGAAGCUUUGGCGAUCGUAUGGGCAGUGGAGAAAUUCAGCCUGUAUUUGCUGGGAACACGAUUUCAGCUCAUAACUGAUUGCAAGGCUUUGAAGUACCUUUUCAAUCCUCGGUCACGCCCGUGCCCCCGAAUCGAACGAUGGGUUUUGCGGCUCCAGGCGUAUGAUUACGAGAUUUGCUAUGAACCCGGGUCGAGUAAUCUUGCCGACUCGCUAUCGAGAUUAUCUGUGCGCUCCCCUAAAGCUUUCGAUACACAAACCGAUUCCUAUAUCCGACAGUUAGUUAAUCACUCGAUUUCCGAUGCUGUGGUAUUGAGCGAUGUUGUACAAGCAACCAAGAAUGACACAAACCUACAGGAGCUUGUACAAGCACUUGAAACGGACAUAUGGCCUGAAAGUGUGAAAGCAUAUAAGCAGUUCAAAGCAGAACUUCACAUGGCCGCAGGGAUCAUUAUGCGUGGAGAUCGACUGGUCAUUCCGGAGCUGCUUAGAUCUCAAAUUAUCGCAUGUGCUCAUGAUGGACACCCUGGCAUGACCGUCAUGAAACGUCGUCUUCGCCAAAAAGUGUGGUGGUUGAAAAUGGACAACCAAGUGGAAAAAUACGUCAAAAGCUGUAAUCUCUGCACUAUGGUGUCAACUUCUGGGCCUCCUGAGCCUAUGGAAAGAACACGGAUGCCUACAAAAGCAUGGUCGGAGGUGGCUAUCGACUUUCUGGGUCCACUUCCCAACGGAUACAGUCUACUUGUUCUAGUUGACUAUUUUAGUCGGUUUGCAGAGGUCAUAGUUAUGAAGCAAACAACGGCAGAGUUGACAGUUAAGGCGCUUUUUGAGACUUUCAGUCGUUUCGGAAUUCCGGAUGUACUUCGUUCCGAUCAUGGGCCGCAGUUUAUUAGUGAAGCGAUGAAGAGGUUCUGCAAGGAGUUCGGCAUUCAACAACAGCGAACAACACCAUAUUGGCCACAAGCCAAUGGGGAAGUUGAGCGCAUGAACAAUACAAUUCUAAAAAGGUUGCGUAUAAGUCAAGAAACUCAAGGGGCAGACUGGAGAUGGGACCUUCGGAAUUUUCUGCUCAUGUACAACUCCACACCACAUUCAACAACUGGAGUUGCCCCUUCCGUCCUGAUGUUUGGAAGAAUUCUAAGGGAUAAGCUGCCAAGUGUCACGGGGGAAGUAGAACAAAUGACCGAAGGAAUCAGAGACCGAGAUUGGAGUUUAAAGCUACAGGCAGCUGAGCUAGCGGACCGAAGACGAAAUGCAAAGGAAACUACGUUGAAGGUAGGGGAUGCAGUGAUAGCAAAGCGGACAACAAAGGAGCAUAAGUUGGCAAGUAACUUUGGGUCCGAAUUGUUUGAUGUUAUAAGCCUAUCAGGAUCAGAAGCCAAAAUACGUUCUAAAUCGUCAGGGAAAAUGUACUACCGAAAUGUAUCUCAUCUGAAGCCGGUUGUUUUGGAAACACAAGAAAACGUUAUCGACGAUCCAGAAAAUCAACGAGAGGACGUUGGUGAUGACCCAGAUGUUGUUCAGCAGGGUAUUGGAGAGCAGGAGAUUAGUGAGACUACACGUGAUCGUAGGGUAGCAAGACCACCGAAAUACUUGAAAGACUAUGUAAGAAUAAUCAACUCUGAUUCUAAGUAAAGGGGGAGUGUGGUAUCCCACAUGUGAUGAUUACUCUCAGUGUAUGACAAGCAGGUAGCGCGAAUAGGGCACCGAUAGGGAGUAGCGAGAGAGCAGAAGAGGAGUGCGUGAAAGGAGACAGUGUUGGGUACAGUUAGGUAGAAGUGUGGAAGCCGAGAAUAAAGCCAAGCGUGUGUUCUGAAUUUAAAGUUGAAUCCUGUGAAUAAUCGUCUUUCCGAAAUCCCCGUAGUCCAGAUUCCA